AGCGGCAGCAGCUCCGCGGCGGCGGCAUUGGAGAGCGCAGCGCGCAGCCCGGUGCAGCCCUGGCUUUCCCCUCGCUGCGCACCCGCGCCCCCUUCCGCGUCCGCAACCAGAAGCCCAGCGCGGCGCCCGGAGCCGGACCCGCGCCCGCGCCAAUCCCGGGACCGCGACCUCGGCCGCCCCGCGAUGACCGCGACCGCAGCCCUCCUGCCCGUCCUCUUGCUCCUGCUGGCCUUCGGCCACACUUCCCAUGGAGCUGAAUGCUUCCCGGCCUGCCACCCCCAAAACGGACUCUGCGAGGAGGACAAUGUCUGCAGGUGCCAGCCUGGCUGGCAGGGCCCCCUGUGUGACCAGUGCGUGACCUCUCCCGGCUGUGCGAACGGACUCUGCGUGGAGCCCUGGCAGUGCGUGUGCAGCGACGGCUGGGAAGGCAGCCUCUGCGACAUAGAUGCCCGGGCUUGCGCCUCGACCCCCUGCGCCAACAACGGGACCUGCGUGGACGGCGGCAAUGGCACCUAUGAGUGCUCCUGCGCCCCCGGGUUCUCGGGAAAGGACUGCCAGCGCAAGGACGGGCCCUGCGAGAUCAAUGGCUCCCCCUGCCAGCACGGCGGCACCUGCGUGGACGACGACGGCCAGGCCUCCCACGCCUCCUGCCUGUGCCCCCCUGGCUUCUCGGGCAACUUCUGCGAGAUCGUGGCCAACAGCUGCACCCCCAACCCGUGCGAGAACCAAGGCAUCUGCACCGACAUCGGGGGUGACUUCCGCUGCCGCUGCCCCACCGGCUUCGUGGACAAGACCUGCAGCCGCCCGGUGACCAACUGCGCCUCCGACCCGUGCCUGAACGGGGGCACCUGCCUGCAGCACUCCCAGGUGAGGUUCGAGUGUCUGUGCAGGCCCGAGUUCACGGGCCCCAUCUGCGGCAGGAAGCGCGCGGCCGGCCCCCAGCAGGUCACCCGUCUGCCCAGCGGGCACGGCCUGCCCUACCGCCUGACCCCCGGGGUGCACGAGCUGCCCGUGGCGCAGCCGGAGCACCGCAUCCUCAAGGUGUCCAUGCGGGAGCUCAACAAGAGCACCCCGCUCCUCUCCGAGGGCCAGGCCAUCUGCUUCACCAUCCUGGGCGUGCUGACCAGCCUGGUGGUGCUGGGCACCAUGGGCAUCAUCUUCCUCAACAAGUGCGAGGCCUGGGUGUCCAACCUGCGCUACAACCACAUGCUGAACAAGAAGAAGAAGCUGCUGCUGCAGUACAACAGCGGGGAAGACCUGGCGGUCAACAUCAUCUUCCCCGACAAGAUCGACAUGACCACCUUCAAGGAGGCCAGCGACGAGGAGAUCUGAGCAGCGCUCCCGCCGCCCCCGCCCGCGCCCCCCGCCCGGCUCUCGCUACUCGCCCACACGCGGUCUGUUC